AACUGUCACUUGAGCUGAGAGCAGUGGCGUCUUGGUCCCUGCAAAGUUCACCCAGUAGGAAGUUUCCUGCAUUUUCAGAACCAGUCAUGUCAAAGACAAAGGAUAUGGGCUCCUCCAUCAUCCAUACGCAGCAGAUGCAUGCUGCUAUGGCUGACACGUUCAUUGAGCAUAUGUGUCUGCUGGACAUCGACUCUGAACCUGCUGUGUCUCGCAACACUGGCAUCAUCUGCACGAUCGGACCUGCCUCCCGGUCUGUGGACAUGGCCAAGGAAAUGAUCAAGUCUGGAAUGAACAUUGCAAGAAUGAACUUCUCUCAUGGCACACAUGAAUACCACGCCGAGACCAUUAAGAAUAUCCGUGAGGCAGCUGAGAGCUUUGCACCAGGAUCUGUUGACUACAGACCAGUGGCCAUCGCUCUGGAUACCAAGGGACCAGAAAUCAGGACUGGUCUCAUCAAGGGCAGCGGCACUGCCGAGGUUGAGCUCAAGAAGGGUGAAACCAUCAAGCUCACACUCGAUGACCAGUGGAUGGAAAAGUGUGAUGAAAAAACUCUGUGGCUCGACUACAAGAACAUCACUAAGGUUGUGCAGACUGGAAGUCACGUCUAUAUUGAUGAUGGUCUGAUUUCCCUGAAGGUCAAGGAAGUUGGCAAUGACUACCUGAUGUGUGAGAUUGAGAACGGCGGUAUGCUGGGUAGCAAGAAGGGUGUUAACCUGCCUGGAGCUGCCGUCGACCUGCCCGCUGUGUCUGAGAAGGACAUUAAGGACCUGCAGUUUGGUGUGGAGCAGGGUGUUGACAUGGUCUUCGCCUCUUUCAUUCGUAAGGCUGCUGAUGUUCAAGCUGUCAGGAAAGUUCUGGGCGAGAAGGGGAAGGACAUCAAGAUCAUCAGCAAGCUGGAGAACCACGAGGGUGUGCGCAGAUUUGAUGAGAUCCUGGAGGCCAGUGAUGGCAUCAUGGUUGCCCGUGGAGACCUGGGUAUUGAAAUCCCAACAGAGAAGGUCUUCAUCGCCCAGAAGAUGAUGACUGGCAGAUGCACCAGGAUUGGCAAGCCCAUUAUCUGUGCUACACAGAUGCUGGAGAGCAUGACUAAGAAGCCCCGCCCCACUCGCGCUGAGGCCAGUGAUGUCGCCAAUGCCGUGCUUGAUGGCAACGACUGCAUCAUGCUGAGUGGUGAGACCGCCAAGGGAGACUACCCUCUGGAGGCCGUGCGCACACAGCACAUGAUCGCCCGUGAGGCAGAGGCUGCCAUGUUCCACAGGCAGAUGUUUGAGGAGCUCCGUCGCACCUCCCAUCUGACCCGUGACCCCACAGAGACCAUUGCUAUUGGUGCAGUUGAAGCUUCCUUCAAAUGCUGUGCGAGCGCCAUCAUCGUGCUCACCAAGUCUGGAAGGUCUGCUCACAUGCUGUCAAGGUACAGGCCCCGUGCCCCCAUCCUUGCCGUAACCCGCUGUGGUCAGACUGCCCGCCAGGCCCACCUGUACCGUGGCGUGUACCCCAUUCUCUACACCAAGGCUGCCAACGACGUCUGGGCCGAGGACGUCGACCUGCGUGUGAACUUUGCCCUGGAAGUUGGCAAGCACCGCAAAUUCUUCAAGUCCGGUGAUGUGGCUCUUGUUGUGACCGGCUGGCGCCCAGGUUCCGGUUACACCAACACCGUUAGAGUCGUGCUGGUGCCUUGAACAUCACCUGAGGACAUUAGUAACAAUUCCCCUUUGCUUAUUGUAGAAGAAACUCAAAACCACACCGCUACUUAAAAGGACUUCCAAAACUAUCUUUCACUGACAGCAACUUUCUAAUUCCCGUCAUCCAUAUUUAUUGAUAUAAUGUCUAAAUUCUGCUGCCUAAGACUGAACUAGGAACCUUUUAGUGGAACCUUCUCUUUCAUGUCUGUGCUGACUGAUCAAAUGACAGAGUGAAGUUUACUUUUCUUCUGCAUGCACGCUGAAUUCAAUUCAAGUACAUGUCUGGUCAUUGGUUAGUUUUUUUUCUUUGAUUGUCCAGGGAGACAGAUCCAUGUAUCGUUGUUUUCUCACGUGUUUCAUGCUGAACUGAAAUCUGAGAAGUGAUCUGACAUGACUGGGAGUGAAUCUAUUAAAAGGAACUCUUGGGUCAGUGA